CCUCUCGCCCUUUUAGCACAUAAAAAUAUACGAUAGCAAUUGAAAUGAUUAAAAGUAAUCAAGAAAUAAACUAGUCAACUAUAGCAUACGGAAAAAUUCCAAAAUAUAAUUUAGCAGACAGACCACUCAAAGCUAAUAUUCUUGUUGUUGCAUUUUGGAAUACAGGCAAAUCCUCAAUCUAUUGGAUAAUCGAUAAUGUUACGAAGAAGUGUUUUGUGUGCUGUCCAGCACAAACAAUUAUGGCAAAGACAACGUUCGAUGUCGUCGCUGUUGUGCUCGAAAGCAUUAAUUGAUGGCAAAUGGGUGUCUGCCUUGAGUGGUGAUACUUUUGAGGUAAAAAAUCCAGCUAACGGCAAAGUUAUUGGUAGCGUUCCCAACAUGAAUGAAAAGGAUGCACAAAUGGCUAUUACAGCUGCCAGAAACGCAUUCUAUUCCGAGGAGUGGACUUCACUGACUGCAAAACAGAGGUCACAAUUAUUAAAGAAUUGGUACCAUCUGAUUGAAAAACACACUCAAGAAAUUGCUGAAAUUAUGACAGCUGAGUCGGGCAAACCAAUUAUUGAAUCCAAAGCAGAAGUUUUCUAUGGAAAUGCGUUUAUGGAAUGGUUCGCAGAGGAAGCUAGACGUAUUUAUGGUGAAAUAGUUCCAACACCAGUUCCCAAUCGGGAAUUGAUUGUCAUGAAACAACCUCUGGGUGUAGCAGCUUUAAUAACACCUUGGAAUUUUCCUUUGGCCAUGAUUACACGUAAAGCUGGAGCAGCUUUAGCUGCAGGCUGUACUGUGGUUAUAAAACCCGCCGAGGACACUCCAUUUACAGCAUUGGCCGUUGCCAAAUUGGCUGAAGAAGCUGGUAUACCAAAGGGUGUUGUUAACGUUGUAACAUCAAACAGGGCUCCUCCUAUAGGAGAACUAUUCUGUAAAAGUCCAGAAGUUCAGGGUAUUUCCUUCACAGGAUCGACUGAAGUUGGUAAAAUACUCUUCCGUCAAUCAGCAGAUGGUAUUAAACGUGUCUCCUUAGAAUUGGGAGGAAAUGCCCCAUUCAUUGUCUUUGACUCAGCCAAUUUGGAAAAAGCUGUAGAUGGCGCCAUGGCUUCCAAAUUUCGUAACUGUGGACAAACAUGCGUCUCAUCAAAUCGUUUCUUUGUGCAAGAGGGAAUUUAUGAUAAAUUUGUUGCAGCACUUAAGGAACGUGUCGAAGCUUUAAAAAUUGGACCUGGUGAUAAAGACACUACUCAAGUCGGUCCUUUAGUGAAUGCAAUGCAGUUUAACAAAGUUUCGGGAUUUGUAGAAGACGCACGUAGUAAGAAUGCUGAAAUUCUUUGCGGCGGCAAACCUUUGAAAGAGUUGGGUGAUCUCUUUUAUGCACCAACAGUUGUCACAAAUAUUCCUCCAAAUGCUAAAAUUUACACAGAAGAAGUAUUUGGCCCGGUUGUCUCCAUCAUUAAAUUCAGCACAGAGGAGGAAGCUUUGGCAAAGGCCAAUGAGUCCCGCCGUGGAUUAGCUGGAUAUUUCUACAGUGACAACAUUCAACAAAUAUUCCGCGUAGCCAAACGUCUUGAAGUUGGCAUGGUUGGUGUUAAUGAAGGUCUGAUUUCUGCUGCUGAAGCUCCAUUCGGCGGCAUAAAAGAGUCGGGCAUUGGACGUGAGGGCUCUCAUCACGGUAUUGACGAAUACACAGAGGUCAAAUAUAUUUGCAUGGGCAAUUUAAAAUACAAUUAAAAAAUUUAAACUCAAAGUACUCAAUACACAAAAACACAUUUUCCUUAGAAGCAGCAACAGCUUAAAAUUUAUGUCUUCCAGUCAUUAAAUGUUAGUUCUUUAUGUUAUAGUUUAUUUGCUUAAUGGUGUAAAAUGAAAUGUUGUUAAAAAUUGAUAUAAAAUAUAAAUAGUAAACAAAAAAUAAAAA